AGAAAUAGCAUUGAGAGAACAGCAGGCAGCGGCUGUGUGAGGUUCCAGGGAAGGACAUGGGGCUCUGGCUAUAGCCGGGGGUGACUGCCUGCUCCUAGCACUGACCGUAGCCUGGAGUCACUUUCCCAAGUCUCAGUGCAAACCAGAGGGAACUUACUGUUGGGGAAUAUCCACCACAUCAGCGGCUGGGGGCUCGUAUUUUUGAUGUUCCAACCUAUUGGAGUAUCAUUUUGGAGAGAUUAGCGCGCCUGCUUCCUGUCGGAGGGAUUCCUCAUGAACUGGCGAUAGUUACGGCCGGAGAGGGGAACUCAAACAGGGCUGCAAACAUGAUGGAAAUAUCGCCGCCGGCUGCCAGGCGAGAGCUCCGCACAGCCCAGCGCUGCGCCGGCCUUUCGGGCCUCGCCUGCUGCCUCCUGGCCGUACUAUCCCUCGGCCUGUGUGCCCUCCUGCACCAGCGGACCUCCGACCUGCAAAGCCGCGUCUCGCACUUGGAGGCGGAGAGAGAGCAGCUCCCGGCCUGGCUCGCUGCCCACCAGCUGCAACCCGCUAUUUUUAACCGAGUGGAGGAACUCCUGGACCAGAGACUGAAGGCUCAUUUACCCAAGACCCGAGUGGCCCGCGGGGCUCCUGGAGGCUGUCUCUGCCCCCCAGGACCACCAGGAGAAAAGGGAAGACACGGUCGCAGAGGUAUUCCAGGGGCUGCUGGACCUCCAGGAAGAGAUGGCUUUCCGGGAAACAAAGGAUCCAUGGGCCUACCAGGGAGAAGGGGUCUAAAGGGGGAACCUGGCGAAGAGGGAGCUCCAGGAGAUCCCGGCAUCUCAAUCAUUGGACCCCGUGGCCCUCCUGGUCAGCCUGGAGCAAGAGGGUUUCCAGGAUAUCCGGGCCCGAUAGGGUUGGAUGGAAAAUCUGGAAAACCUGGCCCUAAAGGUGACAUGGGGGUACCCGGCCCGAAAGGUGACAAGGGAGACCAGGGGCAAAAAGGAGAGAAGGGUCUGAAUGGUCCAAAGGGUGAUAAGGGUCAACGUGGAGAUUCUGCACUCACUUUCACUCCUCCUCGACUGAAAAUACUACCACCUGCUGACCAGUUCAUCAGACGCCUGUAUCUCAAGGGUGAACAAGGGCAAGCCAGUAGCAACUGCUCUCCAGGACCCCCAGGACCCAAAGGGCCCCCUGGCCAUGCAGGGAAGCCGGGAGCGGAUGGUUUACCGGGAAAGCCUGGAGAUCCUGGAAAACCUGGAAGGGAUGGAAAGCCGGGAGAACCGGGAAUAACGGGACUGGAGGGAAAACCAGGAAUGCCAGGGCUCCCAGGAAUAAAGGGAGAGGUUGGUGAACUAGGACUUCCUGGUCCAGCAGGCCUGCCUGGAUCUGUAGGGCGAAAGGGAGAACAAGGCAACGUUGGACAAAAGGGAGAACCAGGUGAAGCUGGCAGUGCUGGUGCUAAAGGAGAAAAGGGGGAGAUAGGAAGACCUGGUAUGCCAGGAAAACCAGGAGCAAAGGGGUCACUUGCUUCAACUGUUCCUGGGCUAAAGGGGGAGCCAGGACAGACUGGACCAGCUGGACAAAAGGGUGAAAGUGGAAUUCCAGGGAAAGAUGGUGCUAUAGGCCAGAAAGGUGACCCUGGAGACCCAGGAACGGCUGCUGGUGGAAUGAAGGGUGAGGCAGGCUUUCCAGGAUUACCUGGACCUCCUGGUCCUCCAGGUCCAAAGGGCGAAGCUGGAGUUUUAGGACCGCGGGGCCCGCCAGGUCCCAAAGGUGAGCCAGGAAAAACCGAGAUCAUUGACUACAACGGUAACAUCAACGAUGCACUCCAGGGUCCUCCAGGUGUUCCAGGAAUGCCAGGGCUGCCAGGCCAGAAGGGUGAAAUUGGAUUGCCAGGAGUACCCGGACUUGAUGGAGAAAAGGGUUCUCGGGGUAAAAAUGGUGAUGUAGGACCUGCCGGUCCAGAAGGACCACCAGGACCCAAAGGAGAGACAGGAAUUAUGGGAUUCCCAGGGCCCAAAGGAGACAAAGGAGAAACUGGGAUGACAGGAGCCCCUGGUCUGGAUGGACCGACUGGAGAGAAAGGAGAAAGAGGUGAACCAGGAUUGCAAGGUCCUCCUGGACUACCAGGCCCGGUUGGUCUUCCUGGUUCAAUGGCAGAAAAAGGAGAGAAGGGUGAUGCGGUUAGUGGUCCUCCAGGACCACCUGGGCCAGAGGGACCUCCAGGUCCAAUGGGACCACAUGGUCUUCCAGGAACAAAGGGUGACCGUGGGUCAGAUGGUGUGAAAGGUGAUAAAGGUGACCGAGGUCACCUGGGACUGCCUGGUGCUUCUGGCUUUGAUGGACAGCCUGGGCCACUGGGUGUACCAGGGCCAGCAGGACCAAAAGGAGAAAGGGGCGAUAAAGGGGAUCCUGGAUAUGCAGGACCAAUCGGACCACGGGGAUUACCUGGUUCACUGGGACCAAAGGGUGAAAAGGGAGGCCGGGGGUUCCGAGGCUUUAAAGGAGAGAAAGGUGAACCAGGCUUACCCGGCCUGGAUGGUCUUGAUGCCCCUUGCCCAUUGGGUGAAGAUGGUUUACCUGUACAGGGCUGUUGGAAUAAAUGAUGACGAUCUAACCUCAGAAUGGAGUGUGUACAUAGAAUAUUUAUUUUUAUACAAUUUUUUGCAAUUAUAAAAGUUAUCUUUUUUAAAAAACAAUUGCAUAUUUUAAGUUCACAUUUUGUAUAGAUUGUAUUAAAUUCUGUCUUGUCUACAACUGUCCUUGCAUCUGUGUGUAUUCAUCCACUAAUUUUAUUGCAUAAUACAGCAGUAUUAUUUGCAUGAUAUUUGUGCAGAAUAUGAAAAGCCACUGUUGCAUUAUAACUUAUUGUGUUGUAUUUAUUGGACUGCACUUCAUUGCAGACUGUUAUUUGAAGUCAAUUCCCUGGACCACGGUAUAUCUCUGCGGUGUUGCCUUGCUUAGAUAAUACUUGUUGCACAAGUGUGCAUAAAUCCUAGUGUCUUAAGUGCAGGAAAAGCAAUCCAACCACUUUACCACAGCUACUGCUAAUGGACACUGGAAAGGAACAGAUGUAUUUCUGCUUUAUAUUUUUAAGCAAAAAAAAGUUAAAUUCUUGAAUCUGUAUCGAGUCCAAAUAUUUGAACUAUAUUAGCUGAUCGCUGAUUGUUCCCAGCUAUAGCAAUAAUAAUACCACACUGUCAUCCCAGCAUUUUCAUACUCAUUAACCAAGAAAAGCAAAGUUCAAAAGCCUGUGUCUGCUACAAAUGCCUCACUACAACAGCUCUUAAUUCAAGUUGCACGAUGAGGUUUCAGUUGAUGAAAUUGGCAGGCAGUGUGGCUCCUGACAAAUGCCAAUGUCCUUUCACUGAAGGUGGACUUUUUUAAUAACAGGCAGAAUGGGAAGUGCCAAGGAAGACUUUUACUCUCUGACAGCCCCAAUAAAACGAAGGUUCCUCAUUGAUUUUUAACUAAAACGAUACAGAAGAAUAUCAUUGACAUUUGUUAACAGCUUUUUCGACUUGUGUAUCAAACGUAAAGUUUAAAUAAAUAUAUAUAUGAUCUACCUUUACCAAGAUGCUGGUGAGGAUUAUGCCCCAUUGACAACCAUAACUUGAUGCUUGAGCCAUUGGUAUUUUGCUUUAAAAUAGACCCUGCACUGACCAAUGUCUAGGCUACAAAGCCAGUGCUUUUACUUUAGCUGUGAGAGUCAGAGAAAGUCAUUUUACCUGUAGGUUAGUCCCACAUUCCUGGUACCACUUUAGUUAAUCCCUUCUGUACCCUUCUCGUGGCUAUUGUCAUACUUCCUAAAGUGCUGUUCCCAAAAAUGGACACAGCACUGUACCUGGGGCUGAACUAAUGUUUUAUAAAUGUUUAGUGUAACUUCCACGUUUUCAUAUCCCAUGUGCCUAUGAAUAAUGCCAAUGAUCCUGUACAAUUUUCUGUGCAACUACAGUGUGUCUUUCGCUGCAGAAACCGCCAUUGGUGAUGUUAGCAGAAAGUAAAUUUAUUGCAUUUCUUUGCAAUUUUAUCUCAAGCAUUCAGCAGUUUGAUUUAAAUUUAUGUCAAAUGAAUUAUUAGCGUCUGUGGUAAAACUGCAGAAAUAACAAUGUCAGUUUGCUGAAAGUGCACUUUUUCCACCUGAUGGUUAGUUUUCAAGUACUUUCUUAAAAAACUCAAAUUCACUUUUGCACAUUCUCUGGUCCCUGAUUCCUUUCAGUGCCCUUUGCAAAACCCACAUGGCUUGUAAGUUUAAUUACAAUUAUUAUCCUGUUAAAUACAGUACAGACCUGAAGAACAGACAAUACAUUAGGUCCAGCAGAAAGCUGAAACCUUCUUGAAUUUUUUUGCAUGAAUUACCCAACUCAGUAAAAAUUACCAGUCAGGAUUUCUAAUCAAGUAGUAUCCAGAUCCCAGGGACCAGAGAGCAUGUUUUGUUUUUGUACCUGAUGCUGCAUGAGCCUGUGUUUUGAGCAUGUGUUUGCCCAUGAGUGCCACCUGAAGCGAUGACUUCUGAACUGCUACAUUUGCCACUGCCAGGGCCAGACACCGUGGCUGAAUGCAAAAUAGCAAUGGAGUUGGCCAGCACUGGAAACAAUUUGAGACUGCUGUGGAGGAGCCUUCCAUGACUUCUUGUCAGAAAAUGUUUGCCACCAAAACAAAACAUAUUGGAGGAACGGAGUGCUGAAUGUUUUCAGUUUCAGAAAGCCACUUCCACUCUCCAGCAGAGGUUUGUGUGCAGCGAUCAGUGAGGUCUGUAGAUUGAACCAUGUUCAUCACCACAUUCCAGGUGAUACAUGCAAAGCAGCAGAAUGGGAGCGCAUACAUUUUGACUGUGGAAUUGAAGGGUCCGUUUGAAUUCAGAUGUGAGCCUCAUUCUUUCACGAUACACAGGGACAACCUGUUGAGCAGUUUAAUGUAUUGCUAUACAUUUGGUGGACCAUUAACUAAAUGGCCACCUUCACUGAGCAUUUUUGUUUUCUCUUCCUUCUACAAGAGUAUCAGAUAAACACACUGCCAAACAUUAAAUGAUUCCUUUUUAAUCAAUGUGUUUUGGGGAAACUGACCAGAACUGCUGGCAGUUUGCAUCAUUUAUUUUUGAAUGGUGAUGUAUCGGCAUCUUUGUACAGUUCAUUUGCAUAAAUAAUUGGUAUCAUCACCAUUCUUUGAAAGAAAACCUGAUUUCUUGCUUUUCCUGCAUUUUUGAAUGAGUUUUUUGGGGGUGGGGAGAAGUGAGAGAAAAUUGCUUAUUACCCACCUCUGGUUUUACUUUUGUAAAAGACUCCAUAAUCUGUUUCUUCAGAUGUUUGCAUUUAGAUUUGAAAAACGUCAUAUCUCUUUGUUAAACUUUAUAUAUAAAUGAAGACUUCCAUCCAUCAAGCUGACACCAGUGUUUGAUUUUAUAUAUAUAUCUGGAGCACAGUAAACAAUGCAAAAAUCCUUCUCUGAGGGGCUAUCGGACAAAGAGUGAUGUUCAAACCAACCUUAUAAUGGAAAUAUUAAGUCUACGUUGUCACAGAGCUCCGUGCUUCAGACAAAGUGCUACUGGACUGCAGAAUAAAAGUGUUAACUUGUAUGGCCUAUGAAGAACAUUCUUUGAAUCCACUACUGCAUGCUUGAUAAUUAUGGAAUUAGUUAUUUUUUAACAAGCAAGAUCCAUCUAGCACAUGCCUCUCUGUUGUAGCUACAAGAGGCAUCCAGUCAUUCCUAUUUGAUUGACAUUUUUUGUUUUUGUAAGUCAUUGCAGUGUGACAUAUGAGAAUUAAAUUCCAUUUUGCAGUAAUUCCACAUAAAGCCAUGGUUGUAGAAUGAUACAGCACACAAGGAGGCCAUUUGCUCCAUUGUAUCUCUGCUAGUUCUUUGGGAGAGCUAUUCAACAUUACUUCAAACAAUUUAACAACAAGCACUGCAUUCAGAGUUCUCUCAACAAACCUGUUGGUUGGUUGAAUUUACACUUGCAAUAUACAUCUGUAGAUAUAUUUUUACUGCACUCAAACUAUAAAGUAUUAAAUUGUUGUAAAAGUUACUGUUUCGGUUUUUUGUAAUCAGUGAAUCUUGAGAAGCAAUAACUUCUGAAAAUGUACCAUCUCUUUAUCAAACACAGUUUUAUUCCUUUGCAGAAUGCUUUCACAUUCUGGAAAGAUUUAGCCACUUGACUUUUUCUUAAACCCAUCUGCUAUUGCUCCUAAACAUCAUUUCCCAUACAACAACUUUAUUGUUACAGGAAUCAUUAUUUAGAAGUGGGGAUAGAAUCUUCAUCAUAGCUGCAGAAAUUAUCUCAGCUAUACCUUCAUUUUUAAUGACCAGUUUUAAUUGCAACAUAUAAUUUUGCAUUUAUGAUGCUUAACUUAUUUUUAAAGCCUUCAAUUUUAAUUAAAAACAUUUGUUGAAGCUUAUUUGUUAGCAGUAACAAUUUCAAAAAGUUACAAAAAUUUUAUAUUGAGAAUUGCUUUUGUAGCAUAAGAUGUAUAAUACUAUAAAAUACUUGUAAAUGAACUUGUAUUAUAUUUUUUGAGUUUAUGUGUGAAGGAAAUCAGUAAAUCUGACUUCAACUUCCAGUUCAAUUUUUGUGAAGCAGCGGAGAUCCGAAUGUUAACAUUGUUUGCUGAUGACUCUGUUUGCUGAAUGUUCACCUUUAUUGUUGGCAUGCAAUAUCUUUGACUGUAUAUUCCACCUUUUUAACAAAUCCAUUUUCCAAAAACACUGAUAGCAAUUUGUCCAAUGUAACUCCCUGUACCUGUGCCUUUAGUACAGGUAACUUUUCCUGCUUUAUGUCGGACGCUGUAGCUGAUCCGAACUCAUUGUUUAUUUUUCCCAUUUGACUGUAACAGCUUUAUUGCUUCAGUGAUGGAUCAUCUGUUGGUUAAGAUUCUUUUGGCUUAUCUGUUUUGUCUUUGUUUCAUCU